GUAGUUUCCAAGAACAAGCAUUCUACAGAAUACAAAGUUUUAUCAACUCCCUUUUAAAAAAUGAGUUCAACAAGCAAAGCAUGGAUUGUGGCAGCCAGUAUGGGAGCUGUGGAGGCACUGAAAGAUCAGGGUUUCUGCAGAUGGAAUUACGCUUUCAGAUUGAUCCAACAGCAAGCAAAGAACAAUAUGAGAUCGUUCUCUCAGGCCAAGAAGCUCUCUACCCAGUCUUCUUCUAUGGUUUCCAAUAAAUUACAAGAAGAAAAAAUGAAGCAAUCCGAGGAAUCACUCAGAAAAGUCAUGUAUUUGAGCUGUUGGGGUCCCAAUUGAUCCCAUAAUAUAGUGUUUUUUAUUUUAUCUGUAAGUAGAGACUUAGAAAAAUAUGAUCCUUUGUAGAAUUUGAAGCCAAAGUGAUGAAGUUUAUUAAAAUCAGAAAAUGAGAAAGUUGAAAUAAAUAGAUAGCUUAUUUCCUUUUCGUCCUGAGUGAGCACUGGACAUUGUUAAAUUUCAUAUAAUGGAUUCUCCCAAUUGAGAGACAAAUAGUUCUUACUGAAUGGAGGAUAUUCAUGUAAAUAUAGCCCCAUUUGAGUCCA